CGAGAGAGAGCCGCAGCUGCUUCGCAAAAAGCUGCGUGUGUCGCAUAACGGCAUGGCGCCCGGAACCUCCUGCAUCUGAUGUCAAAGUUGCUAUAAAAAAAUAUCUCAGACAGCACACGACAAAAAUGAAAAGAGGAUUGAUGCAGGUGGAUCUACCCUGGCCCAGGCUCACGUAUAGGGCUCGGCUGUAGUACACGUGUACGCACUUCUGAACCUGUGCAGUUGGUGCUCUCGGAGUUGGAUCCGGCAAUGGCUUCUACCUCAGUUGCAGCGUGUCGUGUUGGGAGCUUGGUCUUAUACGGGCUCGUCUGCGUCGUCGCAUUUUCAGCUUGCGUUAUUGCGCACGAUAACGGACAUUCAGACAGCAGCAAGCCGUCUAAAUCGGUUCGGUUUCGAGAAAGAUGGGACGCCACCGAUGUGGUCCGAGACGUAGAGCAUAUAAGAGAAGACCUCGCCACUCUUGUGGACCUGAAGAACACCGGAGAGCUGACGGAGGAGGAGAUCACCUUUUAUUUUUUCCGCAUGCACGACUUCGACGGCAACGCGAUGCUAGACGGCAUUGAGCUAUUGUCCGCUAUGCAGCAUACUAUCGACCACGGCUUCGUGCCAGCUGGCGUGGGACAGCAGAGUUUCGACGAUAUGAUUAAGCUGGUCGACGGAGCCUUGAUGCUUGAUGCAAACAACGAUGGCUUUGUUUCCUAUCCGGAAUUGAGAAUAACACUUAACCAUACGUAGAAGUUGAUCGUGAAGUGUAGCGUGUCCAACGUUGAAUACUGAUAGGAACACUUAACACCUCUACUUAUACUACCUGCUGUGACAAAUAAACGCUUAUGGAACGUUACAACACGAGGUAUCAGUUUCCGAA